UUCAUUGAUUGUGAGUUUUUCAGUUGGAAAUUUAACUGUUGGAAGUGAAGAUGGUUCCAAGUGCUAUUAAAAUUUGCGUGUUGGUUUGCCUGGUUGGCGCUGUGGUCGGCGAGAUCACCGUUGAUUCCAGAGCAACGCUUGCGCUGAAGAAAAGAUCGGAAAUGGUGGGCUAUUCGCUACGGUGGUGUGACAUAUUCUACCAGGAAGAUUUCCCAAAGAACGUUGACUGCAGUGGGAAGAAUGAUUUGGUGUGGGACUAUUUCCCAUCGUGCUGCAACGGAGCCUACAACUGCAGAAACAAUGCCAUUUGGAAUAUCUACCUCUGUGCUCCAGGAUAUGUGUACGAUGCUGCGUCGGAAGGGUGUGUGGAGUUCUUGGAGGAUUCGUGUCCUUACGUGAAUGGGGUCCCAGGAGACGACAUGACUACCGAAGAGGAUAUUCCUACGACAACGGAGUCUCAAAUAAUCAUCAACUGUAAUACCGUGGUGAAUGGUCGUAUUCCGCAUCCAACUGAUUGUAGGAAGUUUGUCGAAUGUAUCGACAGGGUUCCCCACGUUCGUGAUUGCCUGGAUGGAUACGUGUAUUACGCACCUUUUGCUGUUUGCUUGCCCGGUAAAGAAGAAGCCUGCAAGCUUUGGACACUUGAAGAUCUGGAAGCAGAGCUGUAAUGUUCUCUCAUUUAAAACAUUUAAUUAAGAAGCAGCUUCCUGUAAUAAAAUCAUAAGUCUUAUCAAAAAUUUUCUACUGCUACUACUAAGCACAUCAUCUAAACAUUAGGAGGUCUAUAACUACAUAGCUGAUUUUAUCUGACAAACAUCAAUAAAAAUUUCCUGCAAUCAAAUAAUAAA